AUGAAGCCUACCGGGAAGCAGCAGAAGCAGCAGCAGCCGCAACAGCAGAAGCAGCAGCAGAAGCAGCAGCAGAAGCAGCCGCCGCAGCAGAAGCAGCCGCCGCAGCAGAAGCAGCCGCCGCAGCAGAAGCAGCCGCCACAGCAGAAGCAGCCGCCGCAGCAGAAGCAGCCGCCGCAGCAGAAGCAGCAGCAGCAGCAGCAGCAGCAGAAGCAGCAGCAGCAGCAGAAGCAGCAGCAGCCGCAGCAGCAGCAGCAGAAGCAUCCGAAGCAACCGCCGAAGCAUCCACAAGAGCAUCCAUACCUGCAGCAACAGAAGCAACAGAAACAGCAGCAGCAGCUGCUGCAGUAUAAGUAUCCGCCGCCACCGCCGCCGCCGCCGCCGCCGCCGCCGCCCCCGCCACCGCCGCCCCCGCCACCGCCGCCGCCGCUGCCGCCGCAGCAGCAGCAGCAGCAGCAGCAGCAGCAGCAGAAGCAGCAGACGCAUCCGCAACGGAAGCACCAUUCCCGCACAUCCCAGCAGCACGCCCGCGGCCGGACAGCAAAUUCAUGUCCCCCUGGUACUCGAGCAGCAGCAGCAGCAGCAGAAGCAUCGCCUGCUGCAGCAGCAAGUGAAGCAUCGCCUGCUGCAGCAGCAAGUGAAGCAUCUCCUGCUGCAGCAGCAGCAGCAGGUGAAGCAUCGCGUGCUGCUGCUGCUAGCAGCAAACGCGCACCCUACUAUCUAAGAGUGCGGCAGCGUGCUGCUGAUCCUCGAUACAAAGCCUUUCGUGGUCUCUGUGCUGCUCUGGGGUUUAUGGCGGGUGCUUUGCUAGAAGAGAAUGCAGGCAGCAGCAGAAGCAACAGCAGCAACAGCAGCAACAGCAGCAACAGCAGCAGCAGCAGCUCAGAAGCAGCAGAACCCAGCCCCACAAAUACGGACUCCCCAAGCAGCAACUGCAGCAACUGCGGUAACGAUUGCUCCCGCAGCAACUGCAGCAGCUGCAGCAGCAGCAGCUGCAACAGUAGCAGCAGCAGCAGCAGCAGCAGCAGCAGCAGCAGUAGUAGCGAAAUUGCUGAGGCUAGGAGCCCAGGGGGAGCCGCUGAUGCUUCCGUGCUGCCUGCAGCAGACGUUGAACCUCCUGGAGAUAGCAGCAGCAGCAGCACCGGUGGCAGCAGCAGCAGCGCUGGUAGCAGCAGCAGCAGCACUGGUAGCAGCAGCAGCAGCACAGAUAGCAGCAGCAGCAGCACCGAUAGCAGCAGCAGCAGCACCGAUAGCAACAGCAGCAGCACGGAUAGCAGCAGCAGCAGCAGCAGCAGCAGCAGCAAUAACAAUAGCAGUAGCAGCAACAGCAACAGCAACAAGACCAGCAGCAGCAGGAACAGCAACAGCAGCGGUGUGGUGGACGUACACUGCGUCGCUGCGAAACCCAGAAGAAAUAUAUCAGGAGCGGAUAGAAGCUGCAGCAGAGAAAGCCUUAGGGGCCCCGAGGGGCCCCCCGGCAUCAGCAGCUCCGAGGGGCCCUCUUGGGUUUCAGGGAGCCUCGCUGCUGCUGAUGUCUCCAACCCGUAG